CUGCUCGCUGCCUUCCUCCGCUCCCUCUCCCGCUCCUGCCCCGCUCCGCCGCGGCCUCUUUUGUCGGCGGUGCCCGCGGCCGGCGGUGCGCAGCCGGGCGCGGUUCUGUUUCUCCCCCCUCCCCUUCCCGAAUGUCGGUGUUGACAAUAAAUCCGGCAUCUCUUCUGCCAAUGUAAACUCUUCUGCCAGCUCGGCUCCCAGAUGGCCAAUUCCCUCAACGGCCGGAACCCGCGCAAGGGACGGAUCCUGGGAUUCAUCGAUGCCAUCCAGGAUGCUGUGGGCCCCCCCAAGCAGGCAGCUGCUGACCGCAGGACUGUGGAGAAGACCUGGAAGCUUAUGGACAAAGUGGUAAGAUUGUGCCAAAACCCAAAGCUUCAACUCAAAAACAGCCCACCUUAUAUACUUGACAUUCUACCUGAUACUUACCAACAUUUGCGACUUAUACUGAGCAAAUAUGAUGACAACCAGAAACUUGCACAACUCAGUGAGAAUGAGUAUUUUAAAAUCUACAUUGACAGCCUUAUGAAAAAAUCAAAACGGGCCAUAAGACUCUUUAAAGAAGGAAAGGAAAGAAUGUAUGAAGAGCAGUCACAGGACAGGAGAAACCUUACGAAGCUGUCUCUCAUCUUCAGCCACAUGUUAGCAGAAAUCAAGGCUAUUUUUCCAAAUGGACAAUUCCAGGGUGACAAUUUUCGUAUCACCAAAGCCGAUGCUGCAGAUUUCUGGAGAAAAUUCUUUGGAGAUAAAACUAUAGUGCCGUGGAAAGUGUUCAGGCAGUGCCUUCAUGAAGUUCAUCAGAUUAGCUCUGGUUUGGAAGCAAUGGCUCUUAAAUCUACUAUUGACUUGACCUGCAAUGACUACAUUUCAAUUUUUGAAUUUGAUAUCUUCACUAGACUAUUUCAGCCAUGGGGCUCAAUCUUAAGGAAUUGGAACUUCUUGGCUGUGACACAUCCUGGAUAUAUGGCAUUCCUGACAUAUGAUGAAGUGAAAGCAAGGCUACAGAAAUACAGCACUAAACCUGGGAGCUACAUUUUCAGGCUGAGUUGCACUCGCCUGGGCCAGUGGGCCAUUGGCUAUGUGACUGGAGAUGGGAACAUCCUGCAGACCAUUCCUCACAACAAGCCUCUGUUUCAAGCUCUGAUCGAUGGCAGCAGGGAAGGAUUCUAUCUGUUCCCAGAUGGACGAAGUUAUAAUCCUGAUUUGACAGGAUUAUGUGAGCCCACACCACAUGAUCACAUUAAAGUCACGCAGGAGCAGUAUGAAUUGUACUGUGAAAUGGGUUCCACUUUUCAGCUGUGUAAAAUCUGUGCAGAGAAUGACAAGGAUGUGAAGAUAGAGCCUUGUGGACACCUUAUGUGCACUUCUUGUCUCACAGCAUGGCAGGAAUCUGAUGGCCAGGGCUGCCCUUUCUGCCGCUGUGAAAUCAAAGGGACUGAGCCAAUCAUCGUGGAUCCCUUUGAUCCCAGGGAUGAGAAUUCCAGGUGCUGCAGUAUUUUGGAUAGCUUUAGCAUGCCCAUGCUGGACUUGGAUGAUGAUGAUGAUAGAGAAGAGUCUCUAAUGAUGAAUCGUUUGGCUUCAGUCCGAAAGUGCAAUGAUAGGCAGAACUCACCAGUGACUUCCCCAGGAUCUUCCCCUCUUGCACAAAGAAGAAAACCACUUCCAGACCCCCUGCAAAUCCCUCAUCUUAGUCUUCCACCUGUCCCUCCCCGUUUGGAUCUGAUUCAGAAGGGAGUGGCACGGUCACCGUGUGCCAGCCCCACAGGGUCACCAAAGUCUUCUCCCUGCAUGGUGAGGAAACAGGACAAGCCUUUGCCAGCACCGCCGCCUCCCCUGCGCGACCCUCCGCCGCCGCCGCCGGAGCGGCCUCCCCCGAUGCUGCCGGAGAGCCGGAGCGGCAGGCACCUGCACCACGGGGAGAACCUGCCAGCCCGGGAGCAGCCCGUGCCCCUGGAGGCCUGGUGUCCCAGGGACGUCUUUGGGACCAGCCAAGGCUGCCAAGCCAGGGGCGACGCCUCCCCCAAAGCAGGACUGACCGCCACCGCCAACCUCAACGGGAGGCACGGCCGCGUCGCCUCCGAGCAGGGGUUUAUGAGGAAGCACAGACGCCACGAGCCACCUGCAGAAAGUGCCAAGGUUUUUUCAAAUGGUCAUCUCAUGAGUGAAGAAUAUGACGUCCCUCCACGGCUUUCACCCCCUCUUCCAGCUGGCUCUGUCAUCCCUAGUAUAAAGUGCCCUGGUCCUUCAGCAAAUUCUCUGUCUGAUAAAUCAAGGGAACACCUAGAUGAUGAUGAUGAAUACAAAAUUCCUUCUUCACAUCCUGUAAUACUGAGCUCACAACCGCCUCAUGGUCAUAAUAUAAAACCGCUUGCUCGGGUGUGUGAGAAUGGCCAAUGUACAAAUGGGACGCACGGUGCUACUUCCGAGACAAAGAAAUCCAAACAUCCGGAGUCAGGAGAUGUCUGUGCUGCACCUUCUGUUCCGGUACCUUUGCCUCCUGCACGGGCUCCUGCCAGAGACAACCCCAAACACAGCACUUUGCUCACCAGGACGCCCUCCGAUUAUGAUCUUCUGGUGCCCCCUUUAGGUGAAGAUGCAUUUGAUAACUCGCCCCCCUCACUCCCACCACCACCACCACCUGCUCGGCACAGCAUGAUUGAGCACACGAAACCUGCUGGCUCAGGGAGCCGACCCUCUUCAGGACAUGAACUGUUCCUUCAUUCUGAUCCCCAUUUUGACCCAACAAUAGGUCAUGUUCCUUUGCCACCUGCUCGGAGAGCACCCGGAGAAAAUGUCAAAACAAACAGGACAUCUCAAGACUACGAUCAACUUCCUCCAUCUUCAGAUGGUUCACAAGCACCAGCCAGGCCCCCUAAACCACUUCCUCGAAGAACUGCACCAGAAAUACAUCACAGGAAACCAUACAGCUCUGACAGUUCCACGGAAAAUGUGGAUGCAAAAAUUGCAAAACUUAUGGGAGAGGGCUAUUCCUUUGAAGAAGUCAAGAGGGCACUUGAAAUUGCCCAGAAUAAUGUUGACGUGGCCCGCAGUAUUUUAAGAGAGUUUGUCUGCUUUCCUCCACCCGUCUCCCCACGUCUCAAUCUAUAGCAGCCUCAAGAUUUUCUUGGAGCAUAUGAAUUGUACAGAUACACAUGUGGAUUGGGGAAUGAGAGGAAGAACAGAAUGGAAUAUUUUUCUUCCAUCCUUAGCAGAAGGGUGUUUGUUUCCAGCCGUUUAUCAAAGGCUCCUGGCUGCUCUGAUCAAGACUUAUAAAUAUGCUGAGGCUUAUGUAUUUUUGCUAGCCAUACUUUUUUAAAUCAGGGUUGAACUUACAAAAUAAUUUAAAAAAAAAGUUUACUUCCUUAGAACUUUUAAUCUGUGAAAUGCUUUUUCUUGUUUACAAGUUGGCAAGUUACAGUUUUCUAGUUUGUGCCUGUACUAUGUCAUGUUUAUAUUCCCUGUACUUGUGGUCAGUUCUGCUGUAGCAUUCCCAACAGUUUCCAUGCUGACCACUCCAUCAACUAAAUCAUCAAUUUCCAGAAGUUCUGGUUUUCUUUUGGUCUUUUUUUUUUUUUCUUUUAUAAGAUGCUUUAAUUGUGUUUUGCAUUUCAGCUCAUCAAAUGCAAAAAGUAUGUGGCCUUCACUACUGAUUUUUUUUUUUCCUUCUGAGAUUCCUUUGCUUUUGAGAGAGGACAUACCUGAAUGUAAAACACAUUGUUCUGUGAACUGCCUUUUUAAAGGUAUUUUGACAGUAGUUUUGGACAGCUUUGUUUAACAAGAAUUCCAUGACCUGUAGUCUCAAGGUCUUUUAUACAGUGUUUCCACAAAAAAGUCCCAACCAACAAAUAAAACACUUCAUGCAGCAGUGAUACUGAGUUCUCACAUGUAAAAUCUCUUUCAAAAUUGGUAUUUGAUUGCAGAUGUUCAAAAAAAAGCCAAAUGCAGCAUGAUAAUACUGUGUUUUGAUUACACACUAAUGGCACCAAUUCUUCAUGGCAAGACUAAAAGGAAUCUUUUUCCAUGAUAUUAAAGGUAUUCAGAUAAAUUCCAGUUCUAGAUUCAGUAAAGUAGAAUGCGGUUAAUGUUUUGUCUGAGUGAUUAUCCUGUGGGUCAUUGUGGCUUGGAUCAGUUUGUAUUAACUUGGAAACUUUAAAUCUUUGAUGCACUGUUAAUUCCUAAUGCUACUGUAGCAAUAUUUUUUGCAAAGUUUUUUAAUAACCUCCUCCCUCCCCUGUACACUUGAUAAUCCUCAAGGAUGUGUUUAGCACCCAAAUUCUUUCACUCACUUUCCAGCUGCUUAGUUGGAAAUACAUUUUUGCUUUACUUGGUUAGUUAUACACCAAACUUUGACAUUUUAUUUUUGAGCCCAAAUUGAUGCAAGCCAAUUUAAAAAUCGUCCUUAUUUUAAAAGAGAGAGAGAAGACAAUUCUAUUCUGAGUACUUUCAAAGUUGAGUCCAAAUAUUUUCAGAAAAAUUCUUAAGAUUGCUGCUUUCUUGGUUUUUUAGGAAACUUUGAAAUUUUUCUUCUAAUACUAUUGAACAAAUAAAACCAUGUGGUAUUUAGAAUAUUUUUCUCAUUUUGAUAUGUGAUGAGUAUAUGAAAAUUUUCGGGUGGUGAAGUAUAUAUUCAUUAUUCCCUUUUAGGUAUUAGUGUUCUCUUUCACUGUGAGCAAGUACUAGAAUUUAUAUCACUUACAAGAUCAGAUCUCACCAGCCAGUGCAUUUGCUGUAAAGAUGUUUUCAAAGGCAGCACGUGGCUGAACUGCAGGUUUGAAGUAACUGAGAACACCCAUUGGAAAUUACUCUGCUAUCUCAAAUUCCUGUUGUUUCAUGAAAAAACUUGUUCUUAAAACUGAUUAAAUUAUUUUGUAGCAUCACAAAGCAUAGUAUGGAUAUUGCUUUAAUCUUCCUCAGUGAUAAAAGAUGAUCAGGAGAAUACAGGGUAUAGGGAAGAGCUGCUGCUGCAUUUGGAUUUAAGCAAAUGCUUCUGAGUUUAUGUUGCAGGAAAAGACAUUUGCAUCUUCCUGUAAUUGUUCAUUCCUCAAGUACAGCUUAGGAAGAGUUUUGGUGUGAGUUAUCGUCUGUGCUUUUGACUCAAGUUAAUCUCUUUCCUCUGUUUUAGGAGAAAAUUUUGUGUCUUAUGGAACCCUCUUGUUCAUUUGGUUUGUUUGCAACAUCACUGUAGCAUUUUAGCUAGCUAUAAAUUGAAAAUGAUUCAGGCAAUUAAAUUAUACACUCUGGUUGUACUGGAAUUACUGAAAUGAGGUUCUAGCAUAACUGCCAGCAUAGCAAUGAUGAAAAAAAGAGCACUUUACAAGGACGAACAAACAGUCUUCAGAAUGAGUUUUGAAAUUUUGAAUUGUAAUGAAGAACUCAUUUUCUCCUUUUUAUGCAGCAGCUUAGUAUAAAUUACAUCCUUAUAUUUCAAUUAGAGGCUGGAACUGCUGCCUGAUAGAUUAAGGUUUUUAAAGUUUUCCUUCCUUCUGGUUGUGACCAUUUAUUUUUUUAUUAUGUGUUAAAAAAACAAACUUGAUUAGCAAUAUUUUGAGUGGUAACUUGAAAAGAUUUCCACUGAUCUUUAAAUGAGUGUGCUAAUAACACUUCUAAAUAGUGGAACGUGCAGACUGUUUCAGACCUGUUCUGGUUAGUAGUUUGAAAGUCAAACAGCAAAAUCGCCUUGCCUAGAGUGUUGAUGUUUACUCUGCAGGAAUUAAUAGGCUUAAAAUAAAUUAAUCUGGCUGGAGUCUAGUUCUCUAAACAUACUUUUAACCUUUGAAAGACUUAAGGGUUUGAGCCUGGCAGUGUGUUAUGCACUUAUAUAACUUUAAGGAAGACUGACUUGAAUGAGUGCUGGGGUGAACAAAGUUGAUUAAACUCAGAAACAUUUUAAGUCUUUAGACCAUCCUUGUGUUGUCUGUUGGUGUCACCUUUUCUGUCCUUUCGGCUGAGUUACUGCAUUUUGAGCAAAUUGGCUGAAUGAGAAGUUGAGUAGAGCAAGUGGACAAGCAGCACAGAUCUUUUCUAAAGGCUUUGUGUAGGAAAUAUUUAAAUUAUGGUAAAGGAAACUAAUAUAAUUAGCCGUGUUAAUGGCUUGUCUGGAACCCUAAAAUGGCCACUGGUAAAAUUUGUUACUGUCCAGUAUCUCAAGAGUGCAUCUGGCACAGCUUUUUUACAAUGUGAAUUUAGGAAAUUUUGUACCAGGAUCAUUUCUUCUGUUGUAUUUCUCUCAUUUUCAGCUUGAAGCUUUACUUUGCACUGACAACUCUGACCUGAAAUUUGUGUCUUAAAUAUUGACAAAUUUUGAAGCAAAUGAGCACCGUAUUCAAAGCAAAUUCAGGUGCUACCUGAUGACCUGGAAUUCAACGUUUUUAGGAGUGACUUCUUGAAAAAGGACUUCAGCAGUUUCCAUUUUGAAGGAUUUUCUUUCAAAUAACUAUUUUAUCUGAAAAUGCCUUUUAUAAACUUGUCUAAUGUGGCAAAUUUAGUGAUGUGUUCAAUUAAUUUAUAUUUUAUUCAACAUUCUUUUUAAAUUUUGGUUAUUAUGUAUGCUCAAGUUCUUUAACUGUUCAUGUAAGGUAUUUUAUAAAAUUAAUGUUAAGAGAAUGUUGGGUUGGUCCAUGAUUUUUCAAGACUCUGUCUCUGUUAUUGAAUAUUAUCACUUUUCACAUGAUGGUUUAGCAACAUAGCCUGUCCUGUGUAGGGACCUUAAACGACAUUGUUUUGUAAGCCACAAAAAUGAGGCCUUGCUCUAAAAUAAGGUGAAUCAUUGCACUGAGACAUGUGCUUUUUAUACCCAUACAUUACCUCAUUUCUAAAUUUCAGUAGUGAAAGUUAAUAAAUUGGCAGUAAUUUUGGAAUGUGCAUGUAAUAGCUGUAUAGCAGAAAAAUGCUAACCAUUAAAUAUUUAGAAUCCAAAGUGGUGAACACAUAGUCCGACUGUAUAUUAAUUUGCAGGAUUCUUUUCCUGAAGAAAACUGCAAUAAUUGACACUUAUAUUUUUUUAAUAUCCCGGGAAUUUACAUUCUCAAACAUUGUACUCUUAAUGUCAGAAAUAUUUUAGCUGUGUAGAACAUUUUUCUCCUGUUACUGUAUCCCAACAUUCUGGAAAAAGUUUAGAAAAUCAAACCCCUCUGUUAUGCAUGGCAAUACAAGUGUUGCUAUUUCAACCUCAGCACUCUUCCCUGCAGUUGGAUUAGACCUUCAGUGCUGAAAUUUUCAUGGUACUUCUUCAGUGUGUUAAAUCCUUGUCUAAUAUGUAUGUCACUAGCCAUCUUGCUAAUUAGAUAAUUUAUCUAUUUCUGUCAAUUUUACUCUUAUGUGAAAGUUAGGUGUUACUUUAUUGUGUUACAAUCAAAUUUUAGCAGCUGGGUGCUCUAGGAAUAUUUCAGGAUUUUUUAUUGGAUAGUCCCAGUCAUUAUUCUGUGUGAGAUACCUGCCUCCAUUAACCAGUUUCAGUAAGUUUCCAUCAAGAAAUUGAUAAGUUUAGAUUUUAAAACACUGUGUGUUACUGUGACAUAUGAACAUUCCAUUUGCCCUUAGAUGAUCUCAUGCCUAGUAUUGUCUCAGUGAUUAUACAAAUUCUCUGCUCUGUAUCUGAAUGGCCCAUGAGCAUGGUCAUCCAAAAUAUUUUGAGAAUUCUAUGAGAAAGCUUAUUUUCUUUAUUAUCAGGGUUUUUUUCCUGUUCCCUUCUUGACCUGGAAGACCACUCUUAUGGUCAGGGAUGAAGAUGAAAUUCACUCUCAUUUCAGCAGAUCCCUGUUUUGCUUCUGAGCUGUGAAAAGAAACUAAGACAGAUGACAUCUUUUAGUAAUAGUCCUUCUAUUUGAGAUUAAUUGUGUCUAAAUAUAUGGGAUUUAAGAAGUUUGUCCAAUGAAUUUGGUUUGUAUCUUGAGGACUCACAAAAACCUUUGCUUACUUUUAGUACUAAUUGAGGAGCAGGUGGAAGGGAUGAAUUUUAUAAGAUGUGUCAGUGAAAUUGAGAACUUACUUUCACAUAGAGGGAAUUGAUGAGCAGCUGGGAUAAAAGAUUGACCUUUGAAAUCAAAGAGGUAAGUACCAUAUAGCCUGAAAAUUCUCACACAAAGAAGGUAAAAGCACUGUAUCUAAAUGAUUCCACCAAUGGCCUCCAAAAGACUUUUCUUCCUCAUUUGUCAGGUAAUCUUGCCCAUAUGUUGGCUGUGUUGAUGACAAUUUUGUAGCUUUUGAGGUGAACCAAUAUCUGUGAGCAUGACCAGAGACGGGUUUGUGGGUGUGCAUGCUGCUGCCUGGGGGAGGAUAUUAUUAUUAUAACAUUAUAGUUUUCCCAAAUUUUAACAGAAAUGGGUGCAUUUCAUUAGCACAGUAGUGUGGAUUGCCCCACUGGACAAGAUCCUCCAGUGGCAGGACAGCUGGAUGGUGAGGGAAGGGUUGAGAAUGUACAACCUGGCUGAGCAAGGAGGUGCUAGAACUGUGAUUGUCUGGGGGGAGCAGGAAUGUUGUGUAAUCUAAGCAGGAGGCAAGGGAAUCAGAUGAGAAAUGAUAUUUGGUGCAAACUUAGAGAAGUGUUCCAGAGUGUGGGUAGAGGGGGGAAUUUGAGUUGUACCAUACAAGAGUGUGCUUUAGUGGGGGAAACCUUACUUGCCACACUUGGGGCAGAACACAAUUACAUGAAAAGGAGUUUAUGUUCCUGCAUGAAUCAUUCCAGAGUGAUCUGUGCCAUAGUUAAUGCCCUUUUUUUAGUGUCUGCCCUCACACCACUACUCUUCACACACAAUCACACACCAACCCCACCUUUGCUGUGGUCUGUGGCACAGCACUGAAAUUCUUUGUGGCAAUCUGCUCAGUCAGUUCUCAUAGAGGCAUUUUUUACCUGUGAUUUGAAGUGAGGUUUCCAGGCCCUUCAAGGCUUUUCUGUGUGUUUUGAGGUUUAGCUUAAGCAGGAAGACUAUUAGCAAUAAACAAACCUUGCUUGGAGUUACACAGACUUGUCUUCCGACUACCUUAGCCAUGUGGAUUGAUUUUCCUUGGUUGGUUGAGCUGAAAUUUAUUUCUCAGUGAUCUGCCCUAUGGGAUCUUUGUAUUAUUGAUACUUUAGCAUCGUGGUAUUUGAGCUUUCUCCAUUGCAGUAAUAUCAAUCCUCUUGAGGCUGCCUGGUCUCCCUUUCAAGACAGUAGCAAAGUCUGUCAGGAGAGCUGUGUGAGGUGUAUGGAGUAAGUCUAGUUGUCUGAUUUGAAGCAUUUUUUAAAUCUAUUUAUUUGUUUAGAGAAUAGAUUUUACAGUGGAAAAGUUUUUAUUUUCAGUUUUUGGAAGCUAUUGCAUGUGCCUUUAAAAAAAGAAAGGUGCUAGCACUCAGCAGUGGCUUUGAGGGAGCUUCAUAUCAUCCGACUGUUUUUCUUUGGUUUUUUCUUGGUUAAUAAACAAGCAGGAAAACUUCUGCUCCCUAUACUUUCUGAAAUUAUUCCAGCUUACUGGUGCUUGUUCAGCACUGUUUGAAAAAGACCUUGUUAGUCUUUUGUUGGCACAUCAGUGACAACAGGAUAAAAAGGUUUCUCAGAGGAAAUGGGAAGGAGUGAUGUGACAAAGGUAUCUGC